AUGCAUUUCAGCCAAUUUGGUACUCUGUUUUACCUCCUGGCUCCGGUCAGUGGUAUAGCACUCAGGCCUUAUGGAGGAGUCCCUCAUCCCCGAGCAGUCUCUUCUGCGCCACUCUCCUCUGCUUCAGUCUCGGCAACCCGCGUUGUCGGGUUCGCGGUGGCUGCGCCAACUACAAUCUCCAACCCGGAAGGCUCUGACCUGAAUCUCGCAAGUCUUUGGACCUCGGCACAAUGUGACCAGCAUUCUAUUGACGAUGCUACUGUCGCUUUCGCUGAUCGCUGGUAUGCGGCAGGCGUUCCAGGAGCUUGGAAUACGAUGCUUGGCGAGUGGAUGAAUGGAGCUAAGGAUGGCAUGUAUCGUGGCCUCGAAUUUCCGGCGUUCGUGAGUUGGUUCUUCCAUGGUCCAGAGCAAUGGAACUGUAAAAAUGUUGGUGGCGUCCCAUGCUCUUCCGUUGUCCAGUGCAAGGACGUGGAUCAUCCAGCAGGUGAGAUUUAUAAUGCACUCGAUACAGCAAUGCUUGAAACCCAGAGCAAGAUAGGCGAAUUCUCUUCCAUCUUUGCUCCGCAGAGUGAUAACACAAAGAUCAUCCUAGCAAUUUUUGAUGGCUUGACCAUGAUGAUGGGCUUUUCUGUUUCAGCGUUCUUCAGUAUCGCUGAAAAGGAUAUUGCAAAGAUAGCCAAGGGAGCCACCACUGCCCGUGUUAGUAUUCCAAGAAAUCGCGAAGCUGGCACUGAAGGCCCUCUUCCUGCUCCUGAGAUUCAAGAGUAUCCAUUGGAGACAUUCGAGAGGACAGAAAAGGCAUUGACUGGGUCACCGAUGGAAUUCAAUGGUAAAGCGUAUGCCAACGACAUGUCAUACCAGCUUUAUGGAAUCACGGCAGCCUUCACCAGAAAUAAUGCUCCUACGUAA